UAUUGACUUUUAGCUCAAUUACAUUUCCGGAGUACAAUGACAGCGGUCCGCCCCCCUUCCUGUUUGCUGAAGCAAGUUCGGUUCUGCUCCCUGGUUCUGGUCAGGAAGCAGAACUUACGUGAAUCUCAGCCUUACCGUCUCCGGCCUGCAGAGGGCGACACCGCCCCGCUGAUCUGGACGGUGAGAGGAAGAGAGCAGCAGGACAGAGAAGGAACCGCCGGUUCCGAGCUCUGCGGAUCAAUUCUGAAGGUUCGGCUUUGGUUUGUGGUGCUUCUCUGCGCAUGCGCGUGGACUCAUCACGUGGUUUCCUGCAAGCUGGCGGUCAGCAUGGCGGUCCAGCUGUGGUGUCUGUCGUUCCGACAGCCUUAUGCCGGUCUGGUUCUGGACGGUGUGAAGACCGUGGAGAGCCGCUGGCGCCCCCUGCUGGUGCCGCUGGAGAACCGAACCCUAGCGGUGCACGUCGCCUGGCGGGACUGGGAGGGGGAGGAGUGGAGGGCGGUGCUGGGCGGAGCCUGGGGCCUAAGCGCCGCCGGCGUCCAGGAGCUGCUGGAGUCCGGGGAACGCUUCGGCCGCGGCGUAGUGGCAGGUCUGGUGGAUGUGGGCGGGACCUGGCAGUGCCCCGCCUCCCUGCCGGAGGCGGAGCGAGCGGAGCUGCAGCGCUCGGCCGUUCUGAUUGGUCUAGAGCAGAAGCACCUGACCCCGCUGUCCAAUCCCCGCUGGCUGAAGGGGCCCCUGAAGACCCCGGGAGGUCGCGACCUCUGGACCGUGGAGAUUCCUGCUGAGCUGUUGCCAUGACAACACUGGUAGUAAGAGGAAGUAACAUUGGGGUCGCCCCCGGUCUCCAUGACAACAGAAACCUGCUGAGACCCGCUUCUUGUGUAAGCUCCUCCCCCCGACCUGACAGACGGGUUCUGGUCCGUUUCAACAUCAGCUUUCAUCAUGUUUGUAAAUAUUCAAUAAAUU